UUAAAGUUUGCUGAUUCUGCGCAUGCGCGGUAAACUUGAUUCCGUUAGCUGUCAGUAGAAUGUUUUCCUUCUGUCCAUGGACCAAAGUCAGCGCGGCGAGCUACGAUUAGCUUCUUAAAAGUAUCCAGAGGCAUGGGAAACUACAUACUGCCGCCAUUUGGAGCUUUAAAACAACAAAAAUGACAAUAGCGGACUGUUUUCAGAGACUCUGGGACUGUGAUUACCAAAUUGGACACUCCUAUCGUUACCAGACGCACUAACGGUAACGUACUAUUAGCUACUAAAGUUGGAGCUGUUAGAAGUUAGCACCGUACUUCAAGAAGACUAUUUUUGCAUUUUGUACAUAUCAAAAAUGAAAAUAACGUACUUUUAAGUAAUUAUUAACUAUGAUACCUACUGGUGUAGUCUAGAAUCGACGUAAAACAAGGUUGAUAAGGGGCUGGGUGACGUAGCCCGGCUGCCCUGUUGCGAUGGGCAACCGGGGGAUGGAGGAGCUGAUCCCGCUGGUCAACCGGCUCCAGGAUGCUCUGAGCGGCGUGGGGCAGAGCUGCAGCCUCAACCUGCCGCAGAUCGCUGUGGUGGGCGGCCAGAGUGCAGGCAAGAGCUCCGUGCUGGAAAACUUUGUGGGCAGAGACUUUCUUCCACGGGGUUCAGGAAUUGUCACUCGAAGACCUUUAAUCCUCCAGCUGCUUAGUGCUAAUGCAGAGUACGGUGAAUUUUUCCAUUGUAAGGGAAAGAAGUUCACAGACUUUGAGGAGAUCUGCAAAGAGAUUGAGGCAGAGACACGCAGAGUCACAGGAUCCAAUAAAGGCAUCUCUCCUGUCCCCAUCAACCUACGGAUUCAUUCACCACAUGUGCUGAAUCUGACUCUUGUGGACCUGCCUGGCAUCACCAAGGUGCCUGUAGGUGACCAGCCAGCAGACAUAGAGUACCAGAUACGAGACAUGAUCAUGCAGUACAUCUGUAAGGACAACUGUCUCAUCCUGGCUGUCACACCAGCUAACAUGGACCUGGCCAACUCUGAUGCACUCAAACUGGCCAAAGAUGUUGACCCACAGGGUCAGCGCACAAUCGGUGUAAUCACUAAGCUGGACCUGAUGGAUGAAGGAACAAAUGCCCGGGACAUACUAGAGAACAGGUUGCUUCCUCUACGCAGAGGUUACAUAGGGGUGGUGAACCGCAGCCAGAAGGACAUUGACGGGAAAAAGGAUAUUCAGGCAGCCCUGCUUGCAGAGAAGAAGUUUUUUCUGUCCCAUCCGGCCUACAAACACAUGUCUGAAAGCAUGGGCACCCCAUAUUUACAAAGAAUACUUAACCAGCAACUGACAAACCACAUCCGUGAAACUCUGCCAGCCUUCCGUAGUCAUCUGCAAGACCAGCUGCUGAGUUUGAACAAAGAAGCUGAAGAGUGCAGACAGUAUAGUCCUGAUGACCCUGCACGGAGGACCAAGAUACUGCUAAAGUUAGUUCAGCGCUUGGCUGUUGACUUUGAGAAGUUCAUCGAGGGCUCAGGCGACAAAGUAGACACAGUGAAUCUGUCAGGAGGUGCGAGGAUCAAUCGGAUCUUCCAUGAGCGCUUCCCUUAUGAACUUCUCAAGAUUACAUCAGAUGAGAGGAAGCUGCGGCGGGAAAUCAACUAUGCCAUCAAAAACAUCCAUGGUGUCAGGACAGGUUUGUUCACUCCUGAUUUGGCCUUUGAAGCCAUAGUGAAGAAACAGAUAUCAUUACUAAAAGGACCAUGUAUUCAAUUUGUUGACAUGGUCAGUCAAGAACUAAUCACCACUGUGUACCAGUGUAUCAACAAGCUCAGUUCCUUUCCCAAACUGCAAGAGGAGACAGAGAGAAUUGUAACUACUGAAAUACGAGAGCUAGAGAGUAAAUGCAGGGAACAGGUCUUGUUGCUCAUUGACACACAGCUUGCCUACAUAAAUACCAAACAUGAAGAUUUCAUCGGCUUCACUGCCGCCCAGCAGACGUACAACCAAAGCAAUAAGAAGAAUGCUGCAGCGAUAGCAGGAAACCAUGUUGUGGUCCAUCCUUCAAGACGAAUAGUCAUACGCAAGGGCUGGCUGACCAUCAGCAAUAUUGGCAUCAUGAAAGGUGGACCCAGGGAAUACUGGUUCAUCCUCAGUGCAGAGAGCCUCUCCUGGUUCAGGGAUGAUGAGGAGAAGGAGAAGAAGUACAUGCUUCCUCUGGACAACCUAAAGCUCAGGGAUGUGGAGAAGGGCUUCAUGUCCAGCAAAUUUGUCUUUGCUAUCUUCAACACAGAGUUAAGGAACGUGUACAAGGACUACAAAUGCCUGGAGUUGGCCUGCGACUCUCAGGAAGAGUUGGACAGCUGGAAGGCGUCUCUGCUGCAGGCCGGAGUCUACCCUGAGAAAGUCACCGUGGAGGACCAGGGAAAUGGAGCUCCUGAAAACUUCACAGACCCCCAGCUGGAGCGUCAGGUGGAAACCAUUCGCAGCCUGGUGGACUCCUACAUGAGCAUCAUCUCCAAGACCAUCAAGGACUUAAUGCCAAAGACCAUAAUGCACCUCAUGAUCAACAGCGUGAAGGAGUUCAUUAGCUCGGAGCUCCUGGCCCAACUCUACGCUCUGGGAGAAUGCUCGGCGCUGAUGGAUGAGUCACCGGGGCAGCAGCAGCACCGCGAGGAAGUGCUCCGCAAGCAUGCCGCCCUGAAGGAGGCGCUCACUGUCAUUGGAAAGUUCUCUGCCUCCACCUGCACCAUCCCUCUGCCUCCACCUGUAGACUCCUCCUGGAUACAGCCCUCCAGUCCAACACUCCCUAAAAACUCAGUGAGCAGUGGUAAAGCAGUGGCUCGUGGCCAUGCCCCCUCUGCCCCUCGGGUACCCACUCAUGCCCACACUGCCCCCCCGAGCAAUGACGGACUCCAUCGGUUUGCUGGCCAACCCCACCGUGCUCCACCUAGCGUGCCAAGGAGGCAUCCUCCAGCUAUUCCAAACGUCAAAUAACAGGCCUUUCUGCUCAGAGCUUCAUUACCCAUCUAUCCUAUUGAUCCUUCCAGCUGCAGCUUACUGUUGCUCAAAGACAUCUAGGACCUGUGUGAUGUGUAAUCCAGCUGAAACUCUACGCUGGGCUUCUCUCUGUCUCCUCUGGGAGUUGCUGUCUGCAAAAUUCACUGAGUCCUGAACCUGUUUUGUACAUAAUAUCUUCGGAUAUAAAAGCCGGAAUGUGCUCGACUGUCUGCGGAAAUUUUCUCAAGGGCCUGAACUUUCUGUAAAUAGAAAUACCAAUAUUGAGUUAUUCAAAAAGAUAUGAGUUAUUGUAAAAGAGAAUACUCAUACACUAUUUUCACUGUUUUUGAAUAAACAGGUUUUAUUUUUAAACAUCCUGUUGUCU